AUGCUCCAACCGCUGGCGUGCUUGCUGCUGCUCAUUCUCGCGCUCGUCCAUAUCGGACGCCGCCGGCGGAAAAGGCGGGCGGCGCCGGCAGCCUUCGGCUACACGCCCGUCACCGAAGGGACCUUUCCGGGCCUCCCUGAGCAGAUCGCGCGCGCCUACCGUCUCCUCCACGGGGAGCACCUCUCACCGCUGACGCAGAGCAUGAUGGGAAACCUGAUGAUGAUCUUCCACCAGGACCACCUGCGCCCAGGCGGCGCAUGGCGCACGCGAGGCUUGUAUGACUUUUGCGUGGAGGUCACGUUGGAGGCCACCUUCCUGACCUUGUACGGACGGCCGGCCAAGGGCCUCCGCCACGCCGACGCGGCGCAGCUCAAGGCCUCCUUCAUCCGUUUCGACGACGCCUUCCCGCUGCUCAUCGCGCAGGUUCCCAUCUGGCUACUAGCCGGCGUCGGCGGGAUCCGCCGGAAGCUGAUGAGCUACUUGACGACGCCCAAGAUGUCCGGCUGGGCGGGCGUCUCGCAGUUCAUCCGGCGCCGCGCCCAGCUCUUGGAGCGCCACCCCAUCCUGGGCGACGCCGACAAAGCGGCGCAUCACUUGGCCAUGCUGUGGGCAUCGGUGGCCAACACGGCGCCGGCCGGCUUCUGGGCGGCGUACCACCUCCUGAGGCAUCCGGAGGCAUUGCGCGCCAUCCGCCAGGAGAUCCGAGACGUUCUGGAGAGCAGCGGACACAAAUUCAGCGCAGGCACGGACCUGGCGCUCAACCCACAGCAGCUGGACAAGAUGAUUCUUCUGGAAAGCGCCGUCCAUGAGAGCCUGCGCCUGUCCUCUGCGUCGAUUAACAUCCGCGUAGCUCAGGAGGACCUGACCCUGCGUCUUAACAACGAGCGUGCCAUGGCGGUGAGGAAAGGCGACAUUGUGGCGUUGUACCCGCGGAGUGUGCACAUGGAUGCCGCCGUUUACGACCAGCCGCAGACAUUUUGCUUCGACCGCUUCGCCCGUCAGACGGAAUUCUUCAAAAACGGGCAAAAACUUCGCCACUACCUGAUGCCGUUCGGCUCGGGAGCAUCCAUCUGUCCCGGAUUAACGGAAUUCUUCAAAAACGGGCAAAAACUUCGCCACUACCUGAUGCCGUUCGGCUCGGGAGCAUCCAUCUGUCCCGGACGUUUCUUCGCUGUCAACGAGAUCAAGCAGUUUGUGUGUCUGCUGCUGCUGUACUUUGAUUUGCGACUCGAAACGGGACAGCCCGACGCGCGCCCUGACGCCAGCCGCGCGGGCCUCGGCAUCCCGCGGCCCGCCCGCGACGUGCGCUUCCAAUACCGGAUGCGCAGCGCCGCGUGUUAG